AUGGAUGUGAUAUCCAGCACCUUUGCAGUUCAGAGAGGGAUCCAUUCUUCGGCAUGCUUCGACAUCGACAACUUGCUGGAUCCAGAACUAAAGAGACGGUUGGGGGAGCCUUUGGAACGUCCCUUGCGGGCCGCGAGGUUUCAGCGCCCCAGUGAGGCCAAAGUGAUGAGUGAAGUUUACGCUCGAAUUGCCAAAGACUGUGGAACGCCUCUGCUGCAAGACGUUUGGCGCAGCUUGGACCGAGAUGGCGCAGCUUGGGGCUUGGGGGGGAACUCGGUGAACUCGGUGAACUCGGUGAACUCGGUCUGGGGUGAGGUUCCCCACCUUCGACAGGUGGCUCCUCCGUUGUCACAUACUCCUGGGCCUGCGCUGGUGUUUUGUGCCACUUACUGUGCUACUUCUCAGUGGUUCGGUGCUCGCCAGUUGGGAGGCCAUUAUGCUGCCUGGAGCUUGGCCCUGCUGUUGGCAUAUGGCUCGGCAGUCGGAUCCACGAAGGCAUCGGUGGCAUCGAUCUUGCUGACGCUGGCAUUGACGCUGUCAGCAGCGGCAUUGUUCUGCUUGCCCAUGAUGGGCCGAGAGGCCUUGGCAGCGAUGAUCAUCUACCUGGUGGUGAUGAUCUCCGGUGGCAUGGCGUGCCGUUCACAAAAGGCCACGUCCCAAGGUUUCGCAGCGAAACUGCAGCGACUGCUCUUUGCAGCAUGGGCGGCUGGAGAGGCCGUGUUGGGCAUUGCUGUAUCUGCGGGGCUUCUCUAUGCGGCCUCCACACUACUUGCAGAUGAGAAGGGGCCCAUUGAACGACAAUGGGUCUUCUUCUGGCGUCUACUGUGUAUCAACUGUGCCGCGAGUGUAUUGUCAUUCGUCAUGCUUCCCCUGUUGCUGCUGCGCAUCUUUCGCGAACCCAAAGAUGCCUAUCGUCCACAGAUGGAGCUGCAGGUCAUUGGAGCCUGCAGUGGCGAACUCGAGCCCAUUGAGGUCAAGAGACUCUCCCGGAAUUUGGAGCCAUCGUGCUGCGCGAGGAGGCUUUUCAUUGGCAGUGCGGCAGCCUGUGUGGCCUGCAUGGUGCUUAGCACCACUGUCUUCCUAUUUUUUCACGUCAUGGCGCCUGGCCAAAGCUUGGAAUCGCUGGCCAAAGCUCAGGUCUGUGACAGCUGCUUUUGUGGGAAUGUCUCGCUGGACGUUGGAAUGGUCUACGAUCUGAAAUAUGGCAGCGCCUACUCUGAAAGGCAUGGAGAGGAGGUAGAUCUACUACUUGAUGUCUACAGGCCCACUGCGGCGCGAGGCUCGAAGGCGCCGGCUGUGCUACUCAUUCAUGGUGGGAACUUCAUUGGGGGCAGCAAGCAAGCUGGCAUCAUGGAAGCAGAAGCACUUUACUUUGCCCGGGCUGGUUUCGUGGUUUUCAACAUGAACUAUCGAUUGGAGGGUAGCACCUACCUAGUGGAGCUGUCUGCAGUCAGGGAUGCGGUGCACGAUGCGAAGGCUGCGGUGCGUUUUAUCGUCGACCAGGCCGAGUCUUUUGGGGUGGACCCCACGCGGAUUGCCGCAUGGGGUGAAUCUGCCGGUGGCAUUACGGCGAUCAGCAUGAACUCAGUGUCAUCUGAAGGAUCCAGUGGAAAUCCUGGGCUCAGUUCCAACAUUUCUGCAGCUGUCAGUCUUUCUGGAACCAUGUGGCCGUUCUUAGUGGCAUCACCCAGAAACAAGGUUCUGAGGGACACUCCCUGGUUCAAUGUGCAUAGCAAAGCUGACAACGUUGUUUACCCUUUCCUGGCAGUGAUGACCCAUGUGUACCUCUUAGCCAAAGGAGUUCCAGACCCGGAAAAUCGCUUGGUUUGGGUGUCUGGAGCCGAGCAUGUUCCAUGGAGCUCCAGUGUGCGCCCCUUGACCGAAGCCCAUGGUUUUGAACUUCCUUUCGGACGUGAUGAACUUGAAGGUUCUUUGCCAAGUCUGACCCCACGUCCGGCAUCUGCAAACAGCCGCAAAGGAGGGAAACGGGGAAACGAAGCUGCCCGCUUUUUCCCUUCCGAGCGUCAAAGAACGUCGGAAAUGGAGAACUUUCCGAACCACAGCGCUCGACCUCGGAGCAUUUCUAUGACCUCUGAAGAGUCGAGAGAACUGAUCGAUAAAGACCAGAUGCGGAAGGCGCUGGAGCAGCAGGGCUUUGUACAUUUGGAGAACUGCACGAGUUUUCAUCAGCUUUGGGAAGCCAUUGGCAACGAGGGCAUAGAUCUCCAGAGCUUCCAUGCAGUGCUGAGACAUCUGAAACUGCACUUGCUUUGUGGAAGCCUGGAAUGGCCUUCCGCAGUCACUGGCCAGGUGGGUGACUUGCCCGAGGAGAGGGGCUUCAUCGGCUUUAUCGAUUGGUGCCCACGGAGAAUCGAAGAGAACUAUUUCAGAAGGCCAAAACGAGCUAUGGACAUGUUCCUGACCCACCGCAAGCCUCAUAUGAAGAUGCGAUGGGUACACUGCGCGCGGGUGGAACGGCCGACGAUUCUGCGUCUUGCAGUGAAGUACCAGCUGCACCCGCUGCCAGUGGAAGACACGAUUCAGCUCGAACAGCAAUCUGUGCCCAUUGUCAGGAAGUACAACGACAAUUUCUUUGUCGUCAUCCCCCUGCUCCGCUUGACGGAAGAAGCAAAAAGGAAACUCAGUCAGUACAAAGAGCACCGCACCAGGCGGAACUUUGAAGAUUUGAAAUUGGAGGACUUGAUCGACGUGCCGCAGGUGGAGCAAUGCCGCUUUGCCGCUUUCGCCGCUGGUCCUCCUCACUAUGACACCGUCAUCAGCUUUAUGACGGAAUGGAAAGUGAGCAAGCUUCAUGCAGACAAUUACGAAAGCGAAGGUCAGACCUCAGGACGUUCUACCAGCGCCUCACCGGAGGAGCGCGGUGGUCAGCUUUCCCCAGGCCGGCCCCUGAUGGAAACGCCUUUACCGAUACCGGUCCCAACACCUGGUGGCGGCGUUCAAAGUGCGAUGCCGUUGAGAUUGCCAUCCGCAAGGCAAGAUUCAGGGGAGGAGCAAGACUUCUUCGCUGGGGUGGUUCGGCAAAUUCAGCGCGACUACUCCAUGCUACGGUCUGGCAAUUCCUCCUGGGUUUUGUGGCGUCUAUUGGAUGUGACGGUGGACGAACUCUCUCCGAUUCUGUCAGCGUAUCGAGCUCAACUGCGAUGGUUUUCCAGUCUGAUCACUCGAGAAGAAGCGCGAGUGUCCAAAGAUGUAGAGAAACGCCUACUGCGCAGCAAGGUAGAGCUGGACUGGCUUCAACGCAAAGUUCGGCCCAUGGUGAAGGUUGUGAAGCACAUCAUCAAAGACAAGGCCAUCGAUCCAGAUGUCACACGCUACCUUGAAGACAUCGAAGACCACCUGAACACCUUUCUUGAAGAGGUGAGUCGCAUCAUGGGAGUUUGCCACUCCUUGAGGGACGAAGUCAACUCCUACCGAGAUCGACAACAACAGAAGGUUCUCUACGUCCUGACCCUGGUGACUACUCUGAUCAUGCCAACGCAUCUCCUCACCGGAAUCUUCGGAAUGAACUGGCAAGAUGCAGAUGGGAGGCCAGUGGUACCUGGACUUGGAGUCAUGGAGGAAAGUCGCGGAUACUACCUCUUUUGGGGUCUUGCGUUCAGCCUGACGCUGCUGAUUUGGUUGACUUUUUCGCGAAUUCUGAAAUGGAUUUGA